AUGGCGUCGUUCCGCAUCCGGCAGUACCAGGAUCAGGACUUUGAGGCCGUGCGGGCGCUGUUUGCCCGCGGCAUCAUGGAGCACGCCCCGGCCGGCUUCCGUCAUGCUCUGCGGGCGGCGCGGGUGCGCCUGGCACUGCUGGCCGUGUUCGUGGCGGCGCGGGCGGCCGCGGGCUCCUGGGUGCUGGGGCUGGGCGCGGUGGCGCUGGCGCUGGUGCUGCUCUGGGUGCUGGCUCGCGCGGUCUGCGCCGACUACGUGCGCGAGGCGCUGGGCACCGACCUGUGCGACGUGCCCGGCACGUACCUGCGCCCGCCCGACUGCCGCUUCUGGGUGGUUGAGGAGGCCGGCACCGUGGCGGCCAUGGUGGCGGCGGUGCCCGCCGGCCGCGGCGAGCUGGAGCUCAAGAGGAUGUCGGUGAGCCGGGAGCACCGGGGCCACGGGCUGGCGCGGGCGCUGUGCCGGGAGGUGCUGGCGUUCGCCCGUGCCCGCGGGUACGGCGCCGUGGUGCUCAGCACCUCCAUGGUGCAGGUAGCGGCGCAGCGGCUCUACGAGGGGCAGGGCUUCCGCAAGGUGGGCACCUCGUACCCCUCGCUGCUGUGCACCUCGCUGAACUUUCAGAUGCUUUACUACCGCUGUGACCUGGGUGGUGGAAAUAAGUAG